CAUUGACAACGAUAUACUUUUCAUCAGUACAUUAUUCUAAAGAUCUAAGAGUCACAUUUCGUAUGGUUGUGGCGUUUAUCAAUGACAAGAUACUCUCCACGAAUCUCCCGGAGACAUUUACAGCUAGAAUAAUCAGCAACAAUAUAACUAUAUGGACCGGUGGUUUACCAAUAGCAAAGCCUAAAAUCGAAUAUUAUCCAGAAUUUGCAGUUCUGACAGGAAUUAAAAAGCUUAAUGGUUCCAAUCCAUCAGAUCUCUGGUUUUACUACAGUGCAAAUGGAAUCGAAUACGAUAGGAAAUAUUUACAAUGGAAGCAUGGCAGUAAUGUGUACUCGUUUGAGGUACUGAAGAUAAUCGAAUCCUAUUACUUUUCGGGAAAUGCCUGCAAUGUGAUCUGUCAUGUAUCUCCUGUGUGGAUGCCACUAAACUAUUAUAUCACGAUAGUAAACGAUAAUGACAACAGUAUAUUGAGGUCUGUCCCAUAUCUUUUGGACCAUGACUUAAGCUCAUGUAUCGAUUUACCCGUACCUGGUGACUCGCCAUCAAUGUUUUGGAUCAGGAUUAAGGAACUCAGCCUGUUCAAUGUGACGUCAGUUAAAUUUAAAGUACACAUCAAAGGUGAAGGUAUUGAGUGUCAACGUGCUGGACAAAAAAGUAUCCAAGUGGGAACCUCUGCGCCUACAAAUAAUGGUCAAUGCAGCGUCGACUCUGAUAUUGCAUUUUGCAAGCACGUGUCGCACACCACAAAUGGUACCUUGACCUACUGUGACGUAGAAUGUGUAUGCAUGGAUUUGCUGAAAUGCUCAAAUGUUCAAAUUGUAAUGCAAAGUGCAAACAGAGAUCCGUGGAAAUUAUGCGAACUUGACUUAAACAAUGUCUAAUGAAAAUCGAUGUCUGAAAAAGAUAGACAUUCUCAUCGUUGACCGAGAUGUUAAACAAUGAGUACCUGGAUAUGGAUGAUUUACUUCCAACAUUGAUUCACGUGUGUAUUUUAACUUCACAAAUCAUUGUAAAACACAUAAUGAUUU